UUUAUAAUAUGUAAGGAUUUAAGAAAAAUUGUAUUGCAGUAAUAGAUACUCAUUUUCCUUUUAAAGAUUAUCCGCACAAAGGUUGGGUCGACAACGCAAUUUUAUCAUUGCAAGAAAAAGGUGAUCUUGUGAAACUUCAGAAAAAAUGGUGGGAAGAUGAAGAUAACGUUCAACACUGCGAGAAAAAUAAUAAGGAGGAAGACGACAGUGGCUCCCUACAAAUGAAAAACACGAGUGGUAUAUUUUUAGUGCUCGGCUCCGGGGGAAUCCUUGGUAUCGUCGUUGCAGUCAUAGACUUUAUGUUCCACGUUCGACAAAUUAGUGUUAAAGAACGGGUGACGUUCAUGGAGGCUUUGAAGAGUGAAUGGAACGCGUCUUUAGACCCUCGGGAGCUGCACAAGCCGGCAGCACCACCCCGCUCGGCGCCGCCGUCUACAGGCAGCCCGUCACCGCUGCGAGAUCGAGAUGAGUCCAGAGCCGUCUCUGUGUUACGAGCCGCUUCAUCUUUUAUUAAUUUUAAUGAGAUUUAUUAGCAAGA